GGCAUUUAAUGCGCGUAGUACCGGUUUUUCGUCUUCUCUCAGUUCUCUCACAUAUUUUGCAAGUGUUUUGUUUUCUUGUAACAUAUUUGACUCGAAUGUGGCAAAAUUGUAGUGAAUUUCAUUUAUUAAUUACAUCCAUAAGUAUAGCAGCUUACUUAACAACUUGAAAAAGGAUUUUAAAGGUUGAAAAUGAGUUCAGGAAGCAUAUGCUACAAAUGUAACCAACCUGGACACUUUGCUAGAGAGUGCUCACAGCCAGGUGGACGGGAUGGGGGUGGCAGAGGUGGUUACAACAGGAAUCGUGAAAAGUGCCACAAAUGUAAUAAAAUCGGGCAUUAUGCUCGUGACUGCAAAGAAGAUUCCGCUCGUUGUUAUCGUUGUUAUGGUGAAGGUCACUUUGCCAAAGACUGCCUCCAGAGCCCUGAUAUGCCAUCCUGCUAUAACUGCAGAAAACCUGGUCAUAUUGCACGCAGCUGCCCUGAGUCUGGUGGUAUGGAUAGAGUAGCCAACGACACAUGCCACAAUUGUCAACGGCCAGGUCACAUUUCUAGGAAUUGCCCGGAGAAUACGAAAACUUGCUAUUUAUGUCACAAACCAGGUCAUCUGAAGCGAGAUUGUCAGGAAAAUGAUUACAGAAAGUAGUGCCUGAUACUACUUUUUUUAUUCAUUUGUUGUAUUUUAUAUAUAUAUAGGUUACAAAAAUAAUUGUCUGUUUUCUCAAAGAAAAUAUUGUUAAAAUAUGUUUCUUAUUUAUAUUGCAAAUUGUUUUCUAUGUGUUUUAUUUUUGUAGGACUAGCAACAAAGUUUUAAAUGUAUCCCGAAAUACAAAAGUAACUAUAUAAAAUAUUGUGAUGA